AAUAAUCUCUAGCUCUGGAUCUGAAAGGACGACAUGUCGAUGAAUGUGGAGCAGGAAGGCAAGAUCGCGGACACAGUGCUGCGGCAUUAUUGUUUACAGGCCUUUUAAAUAAUCUUUAGGAUUUAUCGAGUUUUAUGACCGAGCAAUGAAGGAUUCCAACAACAAGUAACUUGAGCUAACCGUGCAGAACGAACUCUCAGCUUGUCAUGUGUAUGGAUAAACACGUUUAUAAAAGCAGGAUUUGACCUGGACACUUGUAGGUCUUCCCUUAUUAGCCAUUGUUUCACCUCAGUGCCUGUCCUAAGGAGUCCUUAUGGAUAACCCCCUUCAAUGACCUCCGUUGACUUUGCUGGAAAUGCUGAGGAGAGUAAUGGAUUUAUUUUUCCAUCUGCAUCCUUACCCUUAUUGCCAGAGUGCCUGGAUGCAGUUAAACCCAAACAAACAGAGGAGACAUAGUAUAAUCAUUGUCACAGUAACAGCAGGACUGCUAAAGCAAUGUGCUGCAACUUGUGGCUAGAUGUCAAACGCUCACAUUAAAUGAAACGCCACUGCAUUGAAUGAUUCGCUCAUAUCCCAAUGGUGUGCUUUCAAAUCCUGCACAUUGAACGAAUUACAGUGCAGUAUAACAGUUUUACUCGGUUUGUAUUGCCUCUAGAGCACUGUGAAGUUGUCCGCUCUGUCAGGUUCUGGGACUGCUGGGCACUAAUGUUGCCCAAGACAGAUACACAAACCUCAAGUUGCUUGAGUAAUUGACUCCAGCUGUCUGCUGGAGAGGGUCAGGCUCCAAUCUUAUGGCAUGGGUCAAACUGUUUAAAAAGCCUGGAGGCAGCAUGGCUGGUAAUGGUGCCUGUAGCGGGACUGGGCUAGGCAAGUCCUACCAGCCAGGCAGCAUGAUCUCGCUCGCCCUGACCAAAGGUCUUCUUAAUGAGCCAGGCCAGAACAGCUGUUUCCUCAACAGUGCUGUGCAGGUUCUUUGGCAGCUUGACAUCUUCAGGAGGAGCCUACGACAGCUCUCUGGCCAUUUCUGCUUGGGUGAUGCCUGUAUUUUCUGUGCUUUAAAAAGCAUUUUCUGUCAGUUCCAGCAGAGUAGAGAACGGGCUCUGCCGUCGGACACCUUGCGUCAUGCUCUGGCCGAGACCUUUAAAGAUGAGCAGCGCUUCCAGCUGGGCAUUAUGGAUGAUGCUGCAGAGUGUUUUGAGAACAUUCUGGAAAGGAUACACCUGCACCUCGUGUCUGACUCAGCAGGAGAAAUUUGUACUUCCAAAUCAUGCAUCACCCACCAGAAGUUUGCCAUGACUCUCUAUGAGCAGUUUGUUUGUCGUAGUUGUGGGGCAUCAUCAGACCCUCACCCUUUCACUGAGCUUGUGCACUAUGUGUCCUCCACAGCACUCUGUCAACAAGUGGAGCGUGUCCUGGAGAAGACAGACAGACUGCGCUCAGACAUGUUUGGUGAACUGCUGCAGGCAGCUAACACUAUUGGAGAUCUCCGUAACUGCCCAAGCAACUGUGGGCAGAGUAUCAAAAUCCGCCGUGUGCUGAUGAACUGUCCGGAAAUUGUCACUAUUGGCUUUGUCUGGGAUGCUGAACAGUCUGACCUCACUGAAGACGUCAUUCGCUCCCUAGGCCCAAACCUCAAUCUCUCUGGGCUGUUCUAUAGAGUGACUGAUGAAAAUGCCAAGAAACGAGAUCUCCACCUGGUGGGAAUGAUCUGUUACUCUAGUCGACAUUAUUUAGCGUUCGCCUAUCACAGCAAGUCUUCCAAAUGGAUCUUUUUUGAUGACGCAACUGUAAAAGAGAUUGGCUCCAAGUGGAAAGAUGUGGCAUCUAAAUGUAUCCGGGGUCACUUCCAGCCGCUUCUCCUAUUCUAUGCCAAUCCGGAUGGAACUGCAGUGUCUAAUGAGGAUGCUCCCAGACAGACCACCAUGUGGUCCCGUUAUAACUCCCCCCUUAAUGGAAAAGGGACAGACACUCAGCUGUCAGGCUCCAGGAAACUGGACAGUGUGAGAGAUGUGAUUGUUGGUUCCCAACGAACAAAUCAGGGAUCCCACAAAACAACAAUGCAGUCUUCUACCAAUCGAUUUAAAGUGCUUCCAGAAAGUCCCAGCAGGUACAGGGAGUCUUCCAGGGAAUUUUCUCACCGAGGACAGAGAAGAGAGAGUGAAAGAAGCUACUCCCUUCAACACAAAGAUGUGUUAUAUCCUCGCUCAUCCUCUCCCACUGAGAAUGACCCGAGAUCUCGUUCUGACCAGAGGCAAAGAACUCUCCCCACACGAGUCUGUCGAGCCGAGCAUUCUUUAACAUACCCUCGCGGAUCACCCCAGGAGUCUCGCUCAAAUCAUGGAAUGGCAACCAGCGCCAUCCGUCACAACGACUCAUCAUCUCUCAGCCAUCGCGGGUCAACGAAUCUCCCCGAGCGGGGCAAAUCCAAGCCCUCGUGGAGACCAGUGCGAGAAGUCCUAAAUGUCGACAGCGUGUUGAGUGAGCUAGAACGACGUAAGGAGCAGCAGCAGCAUGGAAGUCCACGAUGCGUCCGUCGCUUUGGUCAGGAACGAGGUCUGAUGAAGGAAAAGCAAAAAGGUCUGAUGACUAUCUAUGAAGAUGACUCACGGUUAGAGACGGAAAGCCAAAGCUCCCAGGAGUCCCAGCGUCAGAUGAUGGCAACGCGGCCUAAAGGCGGAGCUAAUGUAGCCCAGCAGCAGAGCGAUAACUGGAUGAUUCAGAGGACAGAGUCGGGGUACGAGAGCAGUGAUAGGUUAAGCAGUGGCUCCACCAAUCCAGACUCACCAGGUGUGGAGAACUUCACAGGCAAAGAGCUUAGAGCCAAUCAAGAUGCACAGCACCUCAGGGAUCAAGGCCAUAAUAGUCAAGGUGACUCAAAAACGGAGGCAGUGCGGUCUCCACAGUAUCGUAGCAAACAAGGGGUUAAAACUCAGGGACAGAACUCAGAACAUCUCAUUAAAGGAAGUCCAAGUUCAAGAAGGAAGGUUAGAUAUUCAUCCUGCACUUGCAGGAAAGGGGGCAAUGCAGAGAAGGACCCAUUGGCCACAGAACUUCAAGCAGAGCAGCAGGAAGUUUCUAUGCGAUGGCAUCAUAACCCAGAAAGCCCUCUACUGCGACGCUUGGGCAAGAUCAGUAGUCCCGAGUGUAACAGUUCUGAUGAACUCACAAACCCUCUUUCAGAGCCGGAAGACAGCGCUUAUCGCUCCAGCACCAGUGAGGUGGCACCGGGCCUUAAUCGGUCUGGUUACAUGCAACCAAGGCAAGAGUCAGCUAUACCUACAUCAAUACCAACUCACUCCAAACAUGCACAACGACCGAUUGAGAUAAAGACUCCGCCGUUUCGUCCAAGAACCUUACAGGAGAUGUCACAGACCGUUUCCAAGACGUCCGGUCAUGCCGUUCCAUCUUCACACUCCAACGCAAUACACCGAAGAACAGAAGUCAAUUGCACAUGCCCAAGCUCAUCCGACGUGAGUUCAAAAUCAGGUUCGGACCAGGAGAGGGGAGAGCAGGUGUCCAGUGAGCCUGAAGAAAAAUGUUGUGGUUGGGAAAAGCCUUCUCCUGUUGCAUCCCAAGGAUCAGGAGUAGCACUGACCACUUAUUUCUCGGUGGAUAACUGUAUGACAGACACGUACAGACUGAAGUAUCACCACCAGAGGCCGCUUGUUCUCUCCAUGCCUGAGCCCAGAGGACCUCUUAGAGACGGGAGAGACUUGGUGCACAUGAAUUGCACGGAAAGCCAAUCUGAGCGUGCCAAAACUAAACCUGACUCUGGCAAUAGCUAUAAUAAGCCCACUGCUAAAUGGCACCCUGUCUCUUCAAAGGGACUGGAUGAACAUGGAUAUUUGUGAAGGUCAUGGGUCCUGAUAAACCAGUGAGAAAUAAUCCAGAAGAAUUGUCAAAGAAGUAUACUUGAUAUAAAUUGUUUUGCAAUUGUAAUUACAAUGUACUUAUGAAGACAGAGGGCAAUGAAUGGCAGACUCCUUGUAUCCUCUUCCUGUUCAAUGUGAUGCCUGAUUCUCUUAAAAUUGCCAUCCACAGGAGGGCAGUAUGCACUUUGGCUUGAAAUAUUUGCUUGUGAACACGAAUGACCAUUUUAUGCUUAAUAUUGAAUCUAUUGAAUACUGUACCUUUUAAUGAACUAUGACUGGUAAUAUUUAAAACAAAAGAGUCCUAAAGACAAACAUAGUUUAUGUGUCUAUGGCUUUUAUUUCACUGCAAAUGACCUUUGUAAAUACUCCCAUGAGGUUGUUUGUGGAGUGCCUUCCUGCAAUUUUUCAUGCAAAAUAUUGAAAUGGUGACUCGAAAUAAAUGAAAGUGUAAAAUGAUACCCACCAUAUAUUUUUGGAGAUGUCUAUGCAUUUAUUUUUAUUCUUUGUUUAAUAAACUUCAAAUGUUCCAGGAUUGAUUUA